GCGCAACGGAAAGCAACCCAAGCCUCUCCUUUUCCGCCAUUGCCCCCCCCCCCCCCCCCCAUUCCCACACAGGACUCACGCGCUCUUCAAUCGCUCGCCGCCUCGCCCCCGUUUCUUCCUCCCCCGGCCUUCCUUCGAUCCAGCCCCUCCAUAUGUCGUCUUCGCCCGCCCCCAAAGCUCCAACCUUUCCCCGUUUUACUUGGCGUCUACGGCCUGGUCCGCCCAGGAAAACAACGGAGUUUGUUUUCGUUGCGUUGUUCGCUGCCGUGCUGUUGGUGGUGCGGUUUUUGUCCGUUCCUGGGAGUUCAGUGCGUCCCUCCUCCAUUUCUUGAGAACGCCCCUCGGUGGGGUGGGGGUGGGCUGCGUUGUUCGCGUUGGGGUUCCGCAGCUUGGUUGCCGUCCCCGUCCGUCUCUUGAUUCGGAAGCCUCGGCUCUUGGUUUGGGAAGCCCCUUUCAAGGCGAGGAAUUUGGUGUGGGUUGAUGGCAUCCUGCGAGGAUUCCGCGAUGCAAUGAUGGGUUUCUUGAAGCCGAGGUGAAUCUUUGACCAGCUGGAUUUCCCGAAUUUUGAGCUGAAGUCCCUUGGUUUCUGAUCCGCCGGCCGCCAUGGGCCUCUGCCACGGCAAGUCGGUGGCGGUCCAGGAGCCAGCGGAGGAGGAGGAGGAAGCCCAAGUAGCCGCCGGCGCGGCGCCCCCGGCUGCGGGUCGCGAUGACGGGGUUGCCUCGCCGGCGAAGGCGCCUGCGACACCCAAGCAGCCCAAGUUCUCAUUCUACCUGCCGAGCCCGCUCCCGCCCUCCAGCUACAAGGGCUCACCGGCCCACUCCAGCGUCACCUCCACGCCGGCGCGCAAGCGCCCGUUGCCGUUCCCGCCGCCGUCGCCCGCCAAGCACAUCCGCGCGCUCCUGGCGCGCCGGCAUGGCUCGAUCAAGCCCAAUGAGGCGUCCAUCCCCGAGGGCGCCGAGCCGGACCUGGGGCUGGACAAGACCUUCGGAUACUCCAAGCACUUCACGGCCAAGUACGAGCUCGGCCGGGAGGUUGGGCGCGGCCACUUCGGCUACACCUGCGCCGCCAAGGCCAAGAAGGGCGAGCUCAAGGGAGAGGACGUCGCCGUCAAGGUCAUUCCAAAGGCCAAGAUGACUACUACUAUUGCCAUUGAAGAUGUCAGAAGAGAAGUCAGAAUAUUGAGUUCUUUAACAGGUCACAGCAAUCUAGUGCAGUUUUAUGAUGCUUUUGAGGAUGAAGAAAAUGUAUAUGUCGUUAUGGAGUUAUGCAAUGGAGGUGAACUGCUGGACAGGAUUUUGGCUAGAGGUGGAAAAUAUUCUGAGGAAGAUGCUAAGGUGGUUAUUCAUCAAAUUCUAAGUGUUGCUUCAUUUUGCCAUCUUCAGGGUAUUGUUCAUCGGGAUCUGAAACCUGAGAAUUUCCUUUUCAUGUCAAAGGACGAGAAUUCUGCCUUGAAAGUCAUAGACUUUGGUUUGUCUGACUUUGUCAAACCAGAUGAAAGACUUAAUGACAUUGUUGGAAGUGCAUAUUAUGUUGCUCCUGAAGUGCUCCAUCGAUCUUACGGCACUGAGGCAGAUAUGUGGAGCAUUGGAGUAAUUGUAUAUAUUUUGCUUUGUGGAAGCCGCCCUUUCUGGGCACGAACUGAAUCAGGGAUUUUCCGAGCUGUCCUAAAAGCAGAGCCUAGUUUUGAUGAAACCCCAUGGCCUACCCUUUCUGCUGAAGCGAAAGAUUUUGUAAAAAGACUACUCAAUAAGGAUUACCGCAAGAGGAUGACUGCUGCACAAGCCCUCUGUCAUCCAUGGAUCCGUGGCACUCAGGAAAUUAACAUUAAUUUAGACAUGAUUAUCUACAGGCUUAUGAGGGCUUACAUAAGUUCAUCUUCUCUACGGAAGUCUGCAUUGAGGGCUCUUGCAAAGACACUGACGAUAGAUCAGCUCUUCUACCUAAGAGGGCAGUUUGCAUUGCUAGGUCCGAACAAGAGUGGCCAAAUCUCCUUGCAAAAUAUGAAGAUGGCCUUGAUGAAGAAUUCCUCGGGUGCAAUGAAUGAUUCUAGGGUGGUUGACUUUGUUAACUCAAUAUGCAAUAUCCCGUAUGGAAAGUUUGAUUUUGAGGAGUUCUCGGCUUCGGCUAUUAGCGUUUAUCAAAUGGAGGGCCUGGAGACAUGGGAACAACAUGCUCAGCAAGCAUAUGAAUUAUUUGACAAGGAGGGCAACCGACCAAUUAUGAUAGAAGAACUUGCAUCGGAACUUGGACUUGGCCCUUCAGUUCCACUUCAUGUUGUUCUCCAAGAUUGGAUCAGGCAGGAUGGAAAACUCAGUCUGCUCGGAUUCAUGAAGCUAUUGCAUGGAGUUUCUUUGCGCACAAUCCCUAAAGUCUAAGACACCCUGUUGCAUCAAGCCAUCAACCAAGGAGAAAAGUGACAACUAAGCUAAUCUCUGGCCAGGGCAUGACAUGGCUGGUUGUAGAAGUUGCAUGAAACCAGUACAAAGGUUAACAGAUGAUUGUAGUGUAAAGGUCUAUACUGUCGCCCGCCUCUGACGACAUUUAUUGACAUUGUACUCGAGAUGUUCAGAGGUAUAGAUUUGGUUUGGGGAAGAAUGGAAGGAAAAGAUCUGAGGCUGACUUUGUGGGUGUAUCAACAACGUUUGUAUCUGGUGCUCCCUUUGUCUCCGUAAAUGGGUUGAGGACAUUGCCUUCA